GAAGGAGCAACAACAGGAAGCCUGAAGUUGAAGAUGGCGGCGGAGACGGCGUUAGCAGCACCUAGCUCAGAGUUACGAGUCGAUCUGCUACCUUCAGAUCCGUUGUUGCACAUCUUUUCAUUCCUGGACUACAGAGACCUAAUCCACUGCAGUUUUGUGUGCCGGAGACUGAACGAACUUUCUAAACACAACCUGCUGUGGAAGAGGCUGUGCUGUAAACAUUGGCUCUUCACAGAUGCUGAGCGCCUGCACGGUGGUACGUCCUGGUACUGUUUGUUUCAACAGUACUACAAGGACCUGGGUCGAUACAUCCAGUACUACGGCAGUCUAAAGAAAGCAUGGGAGGAGCUAAAGAGCUUCCUGCAGCAGAGAUGUCCACGCAUUAUCGCAUCGCUCAAAGAUGGAGCCACAGAACAGGAGCUGAACAACAUGGAGGCACAGAUCGGCUGUAAGCUUCCAGAUGACUAUCGCUGCUCCUACAGGAUCCACAAUGGACAGAAGCUGGUGAUUCCAGGACUGAUGGGUAGCAUGUCCCUCUCUAACCACUACCGCUCUGAGGUUCUUCUAGAUGUGGAGACAGCAGCAGGAGGUUUCCAGCAGAGGAGAGGAAUGAGACGUUGUCUGCCUUUGACCUUCUGUUUCCACACUGGCCUCAGUCAGUACCUGGCUCUGGAGCCUGAGGAAGGGCGACAGCAGUUUGAGAGUUUCUACCCCUGUCCUGACCAGACAGCCCAAGACCCUGCUGCCAUUGACAUGUUCAUCACUGGUUCCUGUUUCUUAGAUUGGUUCACCACCUACGUCCACAAUGUGGUCACAGGAGAAUAUCCAAUCAUCAGAGACCAGAUCUUCAGGUACGUGCACGAAAAAGGUUGUGUGGCAACCACGGGUGACAUCACUGUCUCGGUCUCCACCUCCUUUUUGCCAGAACUUUCCUCUGUCCAUCCACCCCACUUUUUCUUCACAUACCGAAUCAGGAUUGAGAUGUCGAGCAGCGCUUCACCUGACGCAGCCUGUCAGCUCGACAGCCGCUACUGGAAAAUCACAACAUCUGAUGGCAACGUGGAAGAGGUUCAGGGACCUGGAGUCGUUGGAGAGUUUCCUGUCAUGACACCUGGAAAGAUUCACGAAUACGCCAGCUGCACCACCUUCUCCACCCCCUCAGAGUUCAUGGAGGGUUACUACACCUUUCACAGGCUCGCAAACAAACAGGAAGUGUUUCAAGUUGCGAUUCCACGCUUCCAUAUGGUUUGUCCACCCUUCAGAGAACCCAACCUAAGAAUGCACAAAUCCCCACCCACUGCCAAGCCCCCAAACCACAAUCAUAGUGACAAUGACGACGACUUCUUUGAUGGAGACGAUGGCAAUGACGAUGACACCAAUGGUGAUGUCAGAGGAAUCAACAUGGCAGCGUUUGAGGGAGCUUGGUGUCCACGGCGCAUCUGAUCUCAGACUGUGAAACCAGCAGCAGAGAAUUCCAGGGAUGUAUCUCCGACCAGAUAGAAUUUUUUUUUACUAGUUUCUAUAAACAUACGGACCACAUGGCCAAUGUUUGGAAAACACAAUUGACUGUCGUUAAGACAGUGAUUUUACUUUAGACACAACAAUCAAGGAGCGAGGUAAUGCUACGACUUACUUUUUUCUCCCUGAAUCUUAUCCACUGCAGCAACUGAUCAGUAAUCCAUCCAAAAUAUCCAUCAGCAGAUUCUUGGUUCCAACUCAAGAUGUCCGCUAUCACGUUAAUAAGGAUCUCUCAUUAAGUGGAACCUUUUCACAACCAUAUUUAUAUUGAUACCUCAUACAAUAAUCCAGUCUCUAUGUUGGGAACAGGUCUAUGAGCUCAGUGAAAUGUUAUUUUGAAGGGAAAGCACUUUUUUCUUUUGCUUAUAGCGUGGAUAAGGAUGCCAUCUCCUGAUGUUAUUGGUUUUUCUAUGGGUUUUAGGUAAAUAAAUGGGAAAUGGUCAAUUCUAACAUCAUCUAUAUAAAACACUCAUAUGUCACAUUGAAACUGAUUAUUAAAAAAAACAACUUUAUUUGAAAAAAAA